UACCUCGCCUUUUGUUUCUCCAAACUAGAAGACACUCCGUGAUCUCUGACUUCUCUCCACCGUGGAACCUCCCUCCACCUAAAUCCCCGCCGCCGUAAAAACAUCCGCCUCCGAUCCAAAAUGAAGCGCAAGAAGUGGUCGGAGCAGGAGGAACAAACCCUCCUAUCCAAGUACUCUGAACUACUCCGCUCCGGCACCCUUGCUAAGCUCAAGACCCGCGAGAAGAAGUUCAAACCCGUCGCCGACCACGUCAACUCCCUCCACCACCAUCGCGAUCCCUCCGCCUUCCCUUUCACGUGGUCAUGGCGCGACGUAUCCAUCAAGGUCCAGAACAUGCGCCACCAGUACCUCGGCGUCAAGCAGAAGAUCCAAGGUCUCUCGCCUCACUCUUUCAACUGGUCCGAUGGUCUCAAUCACUGGGAGAAUUUUCUUUAUUACAAGGAAGUCUUCGGCGAUAUUCCGUCGUCCUCUUCGAUUGCGAGAAACAGUUCUAAUUCUGCGGUUUCGUUGCGCAGCCUUGGAUUUUCGGGUUCUGAUGAUGAUAUUAUUGAUGAAGAUGAUGAUUGUGAUGAGGAUGAGGAGGAGUGUGAGUGCGGUGGUGAUGAUUUUGAUGAUGAUUCCGCGGAAGAGGUGAGGCGGAUUGGGGGUAUCGGGGUUAGGGUUUUGGAGCUGAGGGAGGCGGUGGCGAAGAGGGAGGAGAGGAGGAGGGAGAGAGAGUUUCGGAGGGAGAAGGAGGAGGCAGCGGCGGAGAGAGAGCGGGAGAAGCGGAGGAGGGAGGGGGAUGACAGAGGAGUUGAGGUGGAGGUGGAAUCUGAAUUGGAGGAGAGGCGGUUGCGGUGGGCGAGGAGGGAGGUGGCAAGGAGGGCGAGGCUGGAGAGGGAGCUGGAGGAGGAGCGGAGGCGGAGGAAGAGGGCGGAGGAGAGAAUGGAGGAGGAGGAGAUGGAGUGGAGGGAGAGGAUGGUGGCAAUGCAGGUUGAGCAUGAGAAGCAGAUGAUGCAGAUGCAUGUUGAUGCUUGCCAGAACCAGAUGCAGAUCCUUGGGAUCAUGGCCAGGAUACUAUGCCAGUUCUUUGGCUCUGGGAGUGAUGGAUUGGGCGGUGGCGGCGGCAGCGCCACCGGCAGCGGCUUGGCAGCGUUGCCCUCUCAGGUGUUGCAGAAUUUGCAACACACUGGGGAGUUGGGGAAUGUAAAACCGGAUGCUAAUUCGCCUUCGGAAUUUAUGUAAAAAGGAUUGAAGCAGAGUACUCUGUUCAAUAUACUUCAUGGAUGUUGUCAACGUGAAAAAGAUGAAAAUGAAUAUUUCAUUGUAUCGCCAGGUCCUUUUUGUGUUGUUGAAAUUAUAGCUUUCUUGAUUGUGAAGGGAAAUUCCUACUUUGGGGAGGGGAAAUGCGGGAAGAUGUUGACAGCUGCCCAACCAAGUGCUGGGUGAGAAAGUCUCAUGAUGAGCUCACUUAACAUAUUUGUAAGUUUUUAGAAAUACUAUUAUUAGACCUAAGGUUGCUGAAAAGACGUAGAAAGUAGCAUUUUUUUAUGCAGUUCAAUACUUCAUGAGGCUGCUUUGUAUGCUAAGUGCAUUGGUUCUUCUAUUUUUCAUAGAUGACUCGGUUAAUAUAAUUCUAUUUCAUUAGAGUUGAGUGGAUGAGGCUCUAGCCUGUAUGGUGAAGCCUGCUCAAUACAUUUUUGAAAGGAAUAAGCGUA